UCAUCUCUCAGGACUCCAGAAGAUCGAACAAUCGCCAUCGGAGAUGUCAUAAAAGGCCUAGGAGAACUCAUUCCUGGUAUACGAAAUGAGCUCGAGAUAAAGUGACAUACAAUUGUCCAUGGGAGAAAAGGAUCAGGGAGGUAGACUCCAACAUUUGGUAUUGUUUGCCAUGUGCCUUCUUUAUAGUCUGAUACGAAAUUGCUUCCUCUUGAACCUAAAAGGUAACAUUUCAUCAUCUGAUUGGCACAACGGUAUUCGAGGCAGAAAGACUCUUUCCAGGAUGUUGCCUCAACACGAUUUUAACAUUUAUAAAUUUUUCUGGAACCACGUACUACCAACAUUGUUCCGUUACACAAACCAUUAGUUGGAUCCAGGUGCUGUAGCAAGAUCAUGAGACAAUCGACCUCCAGCUUGAGCACAUGCAGAGGCAAGCCAUUGGACGUGAGCGAAUUCAAAUAUUUAGAAUGAUAAUUGACUAUUUUUUGUGAGGAUCAUCCUCUGCUUGAUCAAAACUAUGACAUAUCAUUUCAUCAUUAGGAACAAUCAACUUUGUGUUAUCCUAUCAGCAUACGCAUAUUGUGUUGAUAGAAUAGCCUGAGAAGUAAUGUAAUCAGAUUGGAGAUGUUUGCAGUUAACAUUGGAAAAAUAUGAUUGAUGAGAUCACAAGUAUAGAAUCCACGCCGGUGUACGACACACAAAUCUCGCCAACAGCACCUUCGGUGCCCCCAUCUCCAGCGGGGGAAUUGCCACAGCCACCGCUGGCGGACCUCUACCUGCAGGGCAGAUUGCCCAUCACCACCUCCCCCUCACUUUCCUGCCUUCGCCACCUACCUGCCGUCACAACACAACCAUGCGCCGACUCCUGCCAACCACCACCAGCCGCCAUCCCCUUUUUACCACCUCUAGCCAUCCUUACUUGCCGCAGCUACACCCUAACAUCAAUCUGGGUCAGUUCGUACAGCUCAAAUCCUACCCAAAUCCCUUACCAUCAGCAACAGCCGCAGAUCGUCACCGCCUUCACGCCUCCACAUGCCAACCGAUUUGGCACGUCUUUAUGGCAGUGCCGCCUUUACAUCUUUUGUAUGGAUCCACGCGGCCCAUCACCUCCUUUCUACCCCUGCCUAACCAUCACCGUGGCUCAGGUUUGGGUUCCGGCGUGCUUCCACAAGCGGCACUGCCAUAAAGACGUACCCCUGCCUAACCAUCACCUCUUUUCUAUGGAUCCACCCGUCCCAUCACCUCCUUUCCACCCCUGCCUAACCAUCACCGUGGAUCAGGUUUGGGUUCCGGCAUGCCCCGCUUCCACAAGCUCGACUUCCCAACAUAUGAUGGCUUGGUCGAUCCUCUUGGUUGGCUCAAUAGGUGCGAGCAGUUUUUUCGUGGACAAUGCACAGACGAGGCAGACAAGGUUUGGACUGGGGCCUACAGUCUCACCAAUGACUCUCAAUUCUGGUACUUACGAGCUUGAUUUUGGCAUGCCGACAUGGGAGCAGUUCAAGGAGGCUUGCCACGUUCAGUUUGGGCCGUCACUUUGCGCAAAUCCCAUAGGGCAAGUUGGCGUGUCUGUCGUUCACUUCCUUGGUCGCAGAUUACACCAGCAGGUUUCUAGCGCUCAUGUGCCGCAAUAAUGAGCCAUUAGUACCGUUCCAACAAUGGUUUCUGUACACAGCAGGGCUGCCUGAGGGUCUUUGCAUUGACGUUAAGCUUCAAUGACCAUCUGACCUCUACACCGCCAUCUCCUUUGCCAAGGCCUAUGAGCAGCGGCAUUUCCCUCCAGCAACGUCACCAUACCAGCCUUCUGGGCCUACAGGGCACUUGUGCCCCUCCAAUUCUCCUGCGGUCAACACAGCUAAAAUACCAUCCCCGCCAGCACCACUAGCACCUAUUCUGCAGUUGACCACUCCAGAGCCAACCCCGUCACAACAGGUUUGGCGUCUCACUCCAGCUGGGUUGGCAGAACGUCAUCGCCAGGGCCUUUGAUUCAACUGCGACGAGAUUGAGGCCCUGUUUAUUUAAAAAGUCCUAGGACUAUUUUUAGUCCCAACUAAAAAGUCCCUAGUCCCUACCCGUUUCUUUCCAGGGACUAAACA